AUGGCUGCAUUCUCCAUUCUUUUCCUCUGUUGUGUUUUGCUCCAGCACAAGCUGCAGAUCUCUGCAGGGCCAGUGUUUUUGGAUAAGUGGGAAGCAGAUACUGUUUUGCAGAGGUCCAGGCGUGCAAACACAGGUGUCUUUGAGGAGAUUUUUGAAGGGGAUUUGGAAAGUGAGUGCAUGGAGGAGAAGUGCAACAUCGAAGAGGCCAGAGAAGUCUUCGAAAAUAACGAGAAAACCAUGGAGUUUUGGUCACAUUAUGCUUGGAACCAGUGUAAAGAAACACCAUGUAAAAACCAGGGCACAUGUGAGCACCAAAAGAGCAAGUAUAUAUGUCACUGCCAACCAGGUUUCACUGGACAGAACUGUGAAAUAGUGACUGCCAGGGACUGUGAUGUUAAUAACGGAGGCUGCAUGCAUUUCUGUUCCACAUUGGAGAUUUAUGGUGUAGUCUGUUCCUGCGCUACUGGGUACAAACUGGUGGAGGUCGUCAAAUGUAUCCCUGAUGUGACGUUCCCCUGUGGUGUGAAAAGGAUCAAUGUGAGGUCUUUUAGUGCCAACUUGUCUAACAGAAUAAAAGCUGACAGAAACGUUACACACCAAAGUGUUCCCAUCACCAACCAAACCAUAAGCCAAAAGAAGGACAAACUCUCACGUUCUCGUUCAAAACUACCCAUGUGGUUCAAUAACACCACAGAGAGUCUCAACAACAGGAUUCGCAUCAUUGGUGGAGACACAGCAUCGUUUGGAGACGUUCCCUGGCAGGUGGCGUUGGUGCUGCGUAAGACACAGCAGGUGUUCUGUGGAGGUUCUAUUCUAAGUAAGCAGUGGGUCAUAACUGCAGCACACUGUAUAGAAGAGAGCAAGCAGAUAGAAUUCUUCAUCAGAGUAGGUGAGCACAAUGUCUACAAGAAAGAGGGCACAGAGCAGGAUCUAGAAGUGGAGAAAUCCAUAAUGCACCCGCGUUAUGACCCAGCCACCAGCUUUUACAACCAUGACAUUGCUCUUGUGCGCCUACGCAGCGCCAUCGUUUUCACUGACGACGUGCGGUCCAUCUGCCUCGGGCCCAGCAGCUUUAGCAAGACCCUGCUUCAGUCUGGCACACUAGCCACCAUUAGUGGUUGGGGCCGGCUGCAUUUUAAUGGGCGAACUGCAGAGACCCUUCAGGUAGCUGAAGUGCCCUAUGUGGAUAGAAGCGAUUGUAAGGAGAGCAGCAGUGAACGAAUCACACACUACAUGUUCUGCGCUGGCUAUCAGGAUGCAUCAAAGGACUCGUGCCAGGGGGAUAGUGGGGGACCCCAUGCUAACCAGUAUAAUGGACUUUGGUUCCUUACUGGCAUUGUUAGCUGGGGAGAGGAAUGCGCCAAGAAGGGAAAGUAUGGCAUAUACACACAAGUAGGCAACUACUACAAAUGGAUACAGUAUGUUAUGGGGAUCACCAAAAGCAUGCCAUCUGAGGAUGUUGAGUUUUAA